AUGGAAGUUCGGAGUUCUACUUUUAAAGUCAAUAUCUACGACGGUUGCUCCAGACUGGUUUACACCACGGAGAUCAAAAUCUCUGCCGAAACAACAGCUCUUGAAUUCUUUUAUAACAAUGAGUUGAACUAUGGAGAUAUCAAGGGCUGGAAGUCGCACACCAUUCAAUUCGACGUAACCAGCAAAGGUCGCUACGAAAUUCAUUGCCAGUUUGCCGAUAUUGUCGAUGAAAACUUGGAAAAUCAAGCUAUAAGGAAAUACUUUACAAUCCAACCAACCGAGGGCAAAAUUCUACCGAACAUAAAAUUCUCUAGCACUAUAACAUUCUCGCCCGAUAGAGUGAUGAUUCUAGAAAAAUUACCGGUGUUCAAAUGUCUUCUGAUCGACCCUUUCCACGAAGUAGUAAUCAAAGCGCUGGAUAUCUUUGUUUCAGCACGAGUGUUUUUGUCGAAAUUCGAAAUAUGUCCGUACCCCGAAAUUUACUUUGGAUAUCAAGCAGUCGGGCAGGAGAAAUUGCAUACUUGCCAGAUUUUCAACAAAGGAAAAUUCGACUUUAAUUACACCGUCCAACAAUAUGUAAAACAAGCAGAAGUGAAAAAAAAGAAAAGCAAGAAAGAGAAAGGAAAAAAACGUUCCAAGUCGAAAUCUAAAAGCAAAUGA